AUGGUGGACCUGGGUGGGACUGGGCUGGGGAGAGGCCCCGAGGGAUGCGCUGGGCUGUGGGCAGAGCUGGAGUACUCCUGUACCCCAUGGCCACCUCCACCAGGUAAAGAGAAAGUGGAAAUUUGCCCAGCCGACUGCAUAGGCCGCAUCGAAUCUAAUCUGCCCCAGUGUCACACAGACAAGGACUGCUUGGGGCAAAAGAAAUGUUUUUACCUGAACUGUGGCUUCAGGUAUGUGAUUCCUGUGAAGAAACUAAAUGGAGGAGGAAAGGAGGGUGAAGAUGCAUCAAGGUCAUCCCCAAAGCCAGUAUGGGAGAUCAGGCCUCUCUGCCCAUCCCCUUCCACCAAGUGUCCUCAGAGAUGA